AUGACUGUCCCAAACGUUCGUCUGAGCAGCGGCCAUGAUAUGCCGAUUUUCGGUUUGGGAACUUGGCAAAGCAAGCCUGGUGAGGUUGGAGCUGCCAUCAAAAUCGCCAUCGAAGCCGGAUACCGGCAUUUCGAUUGCGCGUUCGCUUACCAAAACCAAAAGGAAAUUGGAGAAGUUCUUGCAGAGCUUUUCUCCAGCGGAAAAGUUAAGCGCGAGGAAAUCUUUAUCACCUCGAAAAUCUGGAACACCUUCCACUCGUUGGGUCAGGCUCGCAAGAACGUCGACAUGAUUCUUGAGGAGUUGAAGCUUGAAUACAUCGAUUUGCUUCUCAUCCACUGGCCACAAGGCUACGAGGAGGGUGGUGAAAUCUUCCCAUUGGGAGAGAACAACAAAAUGAGAUAUUCGAAUGAGGAUUACCUUGAUACUUGGAAGGCUUUGGAAGAGGCUCAUAAUAACGGAAAAGUUCGAUCGAUUGGAAUCUCGAACUUCAAUCAUAAGCAAAUCGAGCGUCUCUGGAACGCGGCUAGUGUUAAGCCAUCAGUUCUUCAGAUCGAGAUGCAUCCAUUCUUCAACCAAGAGAAGCUUCGCAAGUUCUGUGCCCAAAAGAACAUCGCUGUCACAGCUUACAGCCCUCUCGGAAAUCCUGGAUCGGCGUUCUUCCGCAAGUCGGGCGAUCCGGAUGUUCUCAGCAACGAAGUUAUCGCCGAGAUUGCAAAGAAGCAUGGCAAGACUAACGCGCAAGUUGUGCUGAGAUGGUUCAUCGAGCAUGGUGUCAUCGUAAUCCCGAAAUCGACUUCAGAAGCUCGCAUCAAGGAAAAUUUCAACAUUUUCGAUUUCUCGUUGACGACAGAGGAAGUUGAGGAAAUCGAUGGCGUCAACAAAAAUUGGAGAAUUGUCGACCUCACUGCUCGCGACGGCGAUCAUCCACAUUUUCCAUUUUUGGAGGAUUUCUAA